AUGUUUUGUUAUGGAGUAGAUGGAUACUCAAUAGAUAUUUCUCAGAAGGAUGCAUCUACAAAAUUUCCUCUUACAGUUAAAACUGUAUCUGCUGCUAAUUUUUAUUCAUACAAAAUUAUGGUAAGGAAAGAACUAGAUAAUCAUUUGCUUCAGACUGAAAGAUUAAAUUUCAUCAGAAAUCAUCAAAAUAAGCUUAGAGCAAAUAAAUAUAUUCAUUUAAAAGAUGCCGUUGGAAGACAAAAUGUUGACGCAGAUCAACUUGGAAAAUUAGUUGUAUUGCCAUCAUAUUUUACAGGAGGCCCACGAUAUAUGCAUGAACGAGCCCAAGAUGCACUGACGUACGUUCGACACUAUGGCAGCUCAGAUUUAUUCGUAACUUUUACGUGUAAUCCAAAAUGGCAAGAAGUCCAAGAAGCACUUUUACGAGGAAAAAAACAUUACCAUCGCCCAGACAUCAUUGAAAGAGUAUUUAAUCGAAAAGUUAAGGAGUUAAUAGAUCUGUUGACAAAAGGAGAUUUGUUUGGGAAAGUGAGGUGCCAUAUAUAUUCCAUUCAAUGGCAGAAACGAGGCCUACCUCACGUACACAUAUUACUAUGUUGUAGAAUUACUAGGUUGGAGAAUCGAAUUUCAUCAGAUAUGAUAAAUAAAUUCGUGUGUGCUGAGAUUCCGAAUCCAGAUGUAGAUCCUUUACUGUACGAGAUAGUAAAGGCUAACAUGAUACAUGGACCAUGUGGACUUUUGAACAAAAAUUCUCCGCGCAUGAAAGAAGGUGUCCGCAGCAAACGUUAUCCAGUUACGCUCUUUCAAGAAACUCAAAGAGGUGAAGAUGGCUAUCCAAAAUAUAGAAGGCGAUCAACAAACGAUGGAGGUUUCAAAGUGAGUAUUAAGUCAAUUGACUUAGAUAACAGGUGGGUUGUUCCAUAUAACCUUGUGUUAUUGCGUACUUUUAGUGCUCAUAUAAAUGUAGAAAUAACCAGUUCAAUCAAGUCUAUAAAACAUGUAUGCAAAUAUGUCACAAAAAGUAGUGAUCACGCAGCGUUUGGUUUAGGAAAAACUCACAAUACAGAUGAAAUAAAAAUAUAUGAAAGUGGCAGAUAUAUCAGUAGUUCCGAAGCAGCUUGGAAAAUUUUAGGUUUUCAUAUACACGAUAGGUAUCCAACUAUUACUCAUCUUGAUGUUCAUCUAGAAAGUGGACAACGUGUCUACUUCACAGCAAAUAAUGUUGCUGAAAGAAUAGAAAAUCCACCAACAACAACUCUUCAGGCUUUUUUCCAGAUAUGUCAAACAGAUAAUUUUGCAAAAACAUUGCUUUAUCCACAAGUUGCUUCGUAUUAUGUGUGGAAAAAUAAGAAUUUCGUUAGACAUAAACAAGGCCAGAAUGUCGAAAGUUGGCCAGGAGUUAAGAAAGAUACAGCUUUGGGUAGAGUUUAUACAAUCCACCCAAACAAUGUUGAAUGUUACCAUCUUCGUCUUCUUCUUCUUUACGUAAAAGGUCCAACAUCGUAUUCAUUUUUGAAGACCGUGAACAAUAUCAAGUAUCUGACAUUCCAGGUCACAUGUAAAGCACUUGGAUUAUUAGAAGAUGACAAUCAGUGGGAUUUUGCUUUAGAAGAAGCAGCAUUAUGUCAUGCUUCAAGUCUUUGGACUAAGUAUAAGGACGAUUUUUCAGACGAUAUUCGGCGACAAUAUUAUAAACAACAUAUAGAAAAUAAUAUAACAUACAGUGAACUUUAUAAUAAGUGUUUGGAAUUAAUUGAAGACUUUGUUUUGAAUCUAGGUGGAAAUAACUUAAAAGAAUAUGGUUUGCCAACUCCUACAAGAUCUGGUGGACUUUUAGAAAAUAGAGAAUAUUUAAAAGAAACAAGCUAUGAUUUAAAUGUUUUACAGGAAAUUGUUUUGCAAAAUGAACCCUCUUUGACUGAGGAACAGUGGUUUGUUUACAAACAAACUUUAAAUAUUAUCAAAUUAAAUUUAGGAAAAUGUAUAUUCUUAGACGCUCCUGGUGGAACUGGUAAAACCCACUUAAUCAAUAUACUUUUGGCUAAAGUAAGAAGCUCAUAUGGGAUUGCAAUUGCAGCUACAUCAUCAGGAAUUGCUGCUACGCUUUUACAUGGAGGAAAAACUGCUCAUUCUGCUUUCAAGUUGCCACUCAAUCUGAACACCAUCGAAAUUCCAACGUGCAAUAUUAAUAAACAAUCUAAUAUGGCAAAUGUUCUGAAAAAAUGCAAGCUCAGUUUGGGAUGA